AAUACUCUCAACUUUCCCCUCAAGAUAUUUUUAAUAAGCAGCCGUGAGCAGCUACGUCACGAUGGUCAAAACGCUCCCAUUCGGCGACAUCGAGGUCCCGGUCCCUGGUUUUGGGGCAAUGGGAUUUAACCAUGGCCUCGGAGCAAACUUCACCUUGGAACAAGCUGAGCCAGUUCUGCUCAAAGCCAUUGAGCUUGGGUGCACAUUCUGGGACACCGCAGCUGGAUACGGGGCCGGAGUCAACGAGAAACUCCUUGGGGACUUCAUCCGCAAGCACAAUGUUCGCGACAAGAUCUUCAUUGCAUCCAAGUGCGGUAUCGUUGUGCCCAAGGGCGGUAUCGACAUGCGCACUCUACAGAUGACCGUUACCAACAAGCCUUCGCACAUCAGAGAAUACAUCGAAGACACUAUUGAGAGGCUUGGGUUCACCCCUGAUCUGUACUACCUCCAUCGCAUUGAUCCGGACACGCCUCUCGAAGAGUCGAUUCCUGUUCUCGACGAGCUGCGAAGGGGGGGCAAGACGAAAUACAUUGGGCUCUCGGAAUGCUCGGCCGCGACUUUGCGCAAAGCACACUCCAUCGCCAAAAUUGACGCCGUCCAGGCCGAGUACUCGGCUUUCGAGACGCUGCAUGAGUCCAACGGCCUGAUCGACACUGCUAGAGAACUCGGCGUGGCCUACGUGGCUUACGGUCCGGUGGGACACGGCUGGCUGGUGGAGGACUUUGUGUACAACAGCCCCGACGACUUUGGUCCCAACGACGCUCGCCGCCACAUCCCCAAGUUCCAAGGCGAGAACUUCUACAACAACCUCGCCAUCACCCGCGAGAUACGGAAGCUGGCGGCCAAAAAGGGCUGCACCACCACGCAGGUCGCCCUCGCCUGGGUCGCCGCCCAGGGCUUCAUCGCCAUCCCGGGAACGACCAAGACCCACCGGCUCGAGGAGAACUGGGCAGCGCGUGAAGUGGAGUUGACCGAAGACGAGAUGGCCGAGAUGCGCCGCAUCGUCGAGGAGGUCAAGCCACAGGGGGAUCGGUAUCCCGCGGUGAUCCAGAAAAUGUCAGGCCAUUGAUGGAAGAAUGGGCAGUAGGUCAAUCUUGAGUAGUGGGACAAAAACGACUUGUCGUGUAAGUCCAGAGUUGCUUCCUGGUUCUAGGCAAUGUGCAGGGCUGAGGCCUGAACGAUUAACCUGUCAAAUUAACAGUGUUAAUGGGUGUUAGUUAGCUUUCAUUUUCCUACCUGGGAUUUCCACAGACCAUGGGAUAUUCCGCAAUAUUUAGCUUCUUAUAGUUUCGUAAGUCCAAGGCCACUGAAGCCCUCACUCAC